UCUUGCGGCAGUAUAUUGUCAUACAUUCGCGGGAGAAGAGCUUUGCAAAGUUUUGUCAGCAACUAUUUAAUUUUAUGGAAUUUAUUUGAGGUACUUGGCAGGCGGUAGCUGCGUGUUAUUAGUACAACCUUUACAGUUUGUUGGCUGCACACUACUAGACAGCUUCCUAACUAGCUAGACAGCUAACAACAUAACUGGCAAACUUUUUGCAAGAGGUCUGUCGUUUUGAUCCAAAGCCUCUAAUAUGGCAAUCAUGUGUCACUCAAGACGUGCCCUGAUGGAAAUCACAGCUCCACAGCCGAAAAUUGCAGCUCGAAUGAGAAGGUCCUACCUGGAGGUUCUAAGUUCACGCAUAGCUCCAUUCUCAACCACCUCUAGAGGCAGAAACCUGACCAGCAACUCAAAACGUGGGCAUUCAUUGGACCCAGCCAUAUACAGAACAGGGAGUAGUCGGAGUGAGGCCCAAAGUGAGAGAAUGGAAGACAACCAGACACCCCUGUCCAACCAGCAGCUUGUGCAGCUCAUAAGAUCUUUCAUCCUAGUAGAACAGGGGCAGAGGCAGGAGCCCAGAGCCCUCACUACAGACCUGAAGCUGUUACAGGAGGACUUGCACCUUAAGAAGACCAAUGUCUACAGAUCUAUACCCUACUCACGCCUGGGGUCCAACAGAGAUGCACACUGUUACAGAAAGGCAUAUCCACACCUAGUGGUGUUUAAAGUUUCCUGCCAGGAGUGGGGUCAACUGCUGCUGCAGAACGAGGAGUGGGAGUCUGCUCUGGAGCACGCCCUAGUGGCGUGGAGGUACACCAGCGAGCUGCCACAGUGGGACACCAGCAGCCACAACUUAGUGAGGGAACAGUGUUACAGCAUGCUGGCAGCACACUGCAUCACAGCUCUACAGCACUACUGCCCAGACCCCAGCAAAGCCAUAGAGCUGCACAGGAGGUUUAAAAUGGCACAGCUGCACAGUCAGUUGAUCUCUCCUUGUAUUCAGGAGCUGGAGAGAAGCCUCGGCGAAGCACAGGUUUGUUCCAUGAACACCCGCUGAAAUGGCCAACACUAAGAUCAGCUGACAACAAUCAGCACGGCUUCCAAGUUUAUGGGGUUGCACUAUUGAACAGCGUGUAUCAGUGGUUGCCAUUCAACUAUGUUUGGUAUCCUUGCCUUGUGUUGCGCUAUUCCCCCUUGCCUUGUGUUGCGCUAUUCCCCCUUGCCGUGUGUUGCGCUAUUCCCCCUUGCCGUGUGUUGCGCUAUUCCCCCUUGCCGUGUGUUGCGCUAUUCCCCCUUGCCGUGUGUUGCGCUAUUCCCCCUUGCCGUGUGUUGCGCUAUUCCCCCUUGCCGUGUGUUGCGCUAUUCCCCCUUGCCGUGUGUUGCGCUAUUCCCCCUUGCUUUGCCUACAGUAUUCCCCCUUGCUUUGCCUACAGUAUUCCCUCAGAGUAAAACAAGAGAAAGUAUUGAAUUUUGGUAAGCUGUUUUUUUAAAUAUGAAUUUAAGCUUUUUGUAUUUAAGUUUUGUAAAAUGUGUUUAUUGCCAUUGAACUGUUGAAUGUUAUCAUAAGGAAAUUAUGAAAUGGCCUUUAAAAUGUGAAAUGCUCUCAUACGGAAAUUAUGAACUGUCCUUUUCACCAAGAUGUUUUAUAUGUGGGGGAUGUUUUUGUGGAUGUGUUGAAAAAUGCUACGAUACAUGAAACAGCUGCCUUAUUUCAACUUGGCCGAAUGCUACCUGCUUUGUAAAUAUUUGUCUAAAGUAACUGUUUUGCACUUAUUUUCUUCAUCCUGGAAACUUGACAUUUUGAUAAAAUAGAAUCUAAUUUAAUAAAAUUCUACUUAGUUUUUCAACA